UUUAAAUGAAGGUGAGCCGCGGUGAUCUCAACCCAUCCUGCACCGAUAUUCAGUUCUCACGUCUUGUGCCUAAUCUCGCUGUCCUCGGCGCCUCGCGAUGUCCAAAGGCAAAAAUUACAGCAGCCAGUCGUACACUCCACGCGGUAGCUCGACGCCGGACCGAAGCAACCCGAGAAACAACAUUUGCGCGGGAGGCAAGUUCAGGGAGAAGGACGACAUGGUGGGACUCAAUGACAAGUUCGUCAGGUUGAUUGAAAAGGUGAAACACCAGGAGGCUGAAAACAAAAAACUGGACACAAAGUUGAAGAUCCUCAAAGGCCAUGAAGCUUAUGAGGGCAAAAUUGAGGGUGUGGUGAAGCAACUGGAGGAGGAACUCAAGCAGCAGAUUGACAAAUUACUAAGUGACCAUGCGAACCUGGAGGUUGAGCUCUUUCGGAAUCAGGAGGAGGUGGAGAACAGCAAGAAGAGGUAUGAGGAGGAGUUGCUGAAGAAAGCCGAACUGGAGAAUGAAUUUAUCGUCACCAAAAAGGAUGCAGAUGAAGGUCACUUGGAAGCUGUAAAUUUGGCUCUGGAAUUGGAAGAUCUGAUCGGCCAGCUGGAUUUCCUCAGGGUCGGCUAUGAGGAGGAGAUCAAAGAGCUGGAAUCUCAAAUCCAUCACGAGACAGUGGUCAUACGAGAAAACAGCCAUCGGUUCCUGGACAUGAAUGAGAUUGUCGAGAAUGUCAAGAGUCAGUACGCCAACUUCGCUGCUCGCACCAGGGAGGAAGCCGAGCACUGGAACCAGAAGAAUAUGGAUGUGAUGGUUUUGAAAGCGGGCCAGCGAGAGCAAGAAUUGAGGGACAUACGGAAAGAGAUCUCAGACGUGGUGCGCUUCAUCCAGAAGCUGAAUGGAGACCUGAAUGUUCUCAAAAGAAAGGAAGAGUCUCUGAAGAAAGACAUCAAUAAUGCAAUCAUGGAAGGCGACGAAAGCUUGGAGAGUGCCAGCAAGGACAUCGCCCAGCUGGAGGAGGCCCUGAGGCGCGCCAAGCAUGACUUGGCCGGCCAGAUCCGAGAGCACCAAGAGCUGAUGAACCUCAAGCUGGCCCUGGAUAUUGAGAUCACCACCUAUCACAAGCUGCUGGAAGGCGAGGAGCUGAGAAUGAACAAACUCAUACGUACCUCAGACCUUCAGCUGCUUCCCCAGCGAGGAGCACGUGAGAAGCCGCAAGCCCCAAAACCAACCACUAUCAUCACACCUUACCUCAUCCAAGCAGCAAGUCCCCAAGCCGAGAGACGCGUGCUCAUCAAGGUGCACGUGGAAGCGGGGAAACUGGUGGCCCAAAGUUCCCAUUACACAGAUGAUUAAAAGAGCCCAGUAUGAAUCAGGGAAUCAUCAUGCAUCCGUGUCGUGAUAAGAAAUCGGAUGGACAUUUUUGGGAGCUUUUUUUUUAAACAUAUAAUGUCAUCGUGAGUUCUUCCUUCAUGAAUAAGUAAAGAAAAAUAUGUGUUCAGGUAUAUUAAUUUUGGCAGUAAGGCAGUACAGAAUUUGUUUAUGAUUAUGAUUGAUUUGGUAAAAUGUGAAAUAUGCCUCAAUAAGUCUUUGUGACAUGUGUUCUUCCAGUGUGGAAAACAUAUUUGUACAUGGACUAAACAUGCUGGAGGAACACCCAGAUCCCAUGAGGGUAUCCCAUCUCUCCUCACACCAUGCAUAAUUUCAGACCUUGUUUGCGACUAAUUUCAUUAAAGUCUGCCCUUCCUCCUCGGUCCAUCUUUGCACGCUGUCUUCUUUCCACCCACGUGCUACAUGCUACAUAUUUAAAAGCCAAUUUUCAGUCAAGGAAACACAUACCACAUGCAGCAUAUAGUCCACAUUUAUUUCAAGAUGCAAUUUCCUCUUUAUAGGCUUUGCUUUGAAAGCAAACACAUCUUUUAAUAUACAAAGCCGACAUUUGCGGUCCUUAUGGUGACAUUUCUAGCCUCCUAAUAAACGUCUGCACGGAAAAAAGGUCAAUGUUAUUCCUUCUUACUGUAGAUGGACCACUCUAGGGAGUGCAUCCCUCUCUCCUCCUCAGCUUGCAUACCAGUACAUAGAUAAACGCUGCUCGGGAAAGUGGGAGUAAACAUUGCAGGCAGGAGGUAGAGGGAAACUGGUUACAAUCAUUUCAAGUGCAGCCAAAGUAACAGGACAUGGCGCUCCAAUGCCAUAUUAUCUGGCGACUAAUUGUCAUGAGUAUGGUUUUCCUGCGUCAAAUGUAACAAUGCCCCAUUCACAUUUGCCCUGCUGCUCAUUGGCAGCCUGUGCAAGGUGGUCUGAUACUUUAAUACAACUACAUCUCAGGCUCCUACUGCUAUCGUUAGAAGAGUGUUCAC